AUGGAUCCCUUGACCGCGCAGCAAACAGAUGCGUACUUGGCGCGCCUCGGCGUGCCCAAGAAAGAGCCUUUCCCCGUUGACCUGGAUUCGCUCAGGACACUCAUUGAGGCGCACCUGCAACACGUUACCUUCGAGAACAUCGAUGUUUUGCUGGGCCGACCUAUUGCGCUGGAUGUCAACUCGCUAUUCGCCAAGUUAGUGGAGCGUGGACGCGGUGGCUACUGCUUCGAGCUCAACUCCUUGUUCGCACGUCUUCUGCAAGCGCUGGGCUACCGGCUGCGUCUGCGUAUGGCACGCGUUCGCUGGGGACGCCCUCAAGAAGCACCCAUAACGCUUCAGCAGCACGUGGUGCUUAUAGUGGACAUACCCGAGGGCGAGCACCUUGUCGACGUCGGCUUCGGUUCGGCCAACCCGUACAUUCCACUGCCCCUCAACGAAACAAAAGAGAGCCCGGACCACCCUUACUGGCUGCGACAGCUUGGUGCUGAAUCCGACUGUGAACCUGGUACGCUUGAGCUUUGUAUCCGAGGCCGCGAUGAGUGGAUACCGAUGUACCGCAUCGAACCGCGCGAUCAGCGCUGGCUGGACUGUGCUCCUCUCAACUGGUACACUUGCACAAACCCCGAUUCUGUGAUGUGCCGUGCUCUCAUGAUGGCGCGCAGUGAUGGAGAAGCGUGGCUCGGCUUGGUCAACGGUCGGUACAGGCGGCGCCUGCGUGUGUGUGGUGGCCACGCCAUGGACAAGAGGGAUAUCAAGAACGUGGACGAGUUGCUUUCCCUGUUACAAACUGAGUUCUGUAUUCACCUCAGUCCCGAGGAUUUGGGGCCGCUGCGUAGUCGCUUGACAACGGUUCUCGAGGAAACUCGCUAUUGA